AUGGCCAGCAGAAAAAGGGAAUUAGCCUUGCAGAUGGUUGUCAAUAAUCAAGAACAUUGGGAAGAAUUUCUGGGAUCCAAAGGAUUGAUUGUAGUAGAUGCUUAUCAAGGCUGGUGUGGACCAUGUAAAACAGUUGUUAAUCUCUUCAAGAAAAUAAGAAAUGAAGUUGGCGGUGACCUGCUGCAUUUUGCUGUGGCUGAGGUAGAUUCAAUUGAUGCUCUAGAGAAAUAUCGUGGAAAAUGUGAGCCGACAUUUCUGUUUUAUGGUGGGGGAGAACUGGUAGCUGUUGUAAGAGGAGCGAAUGCACCAUUGUUACAGAAAACCAUUCUGGAGCAGCUACAAGCAGAAAAGAGAGUCUUGGAUCAUGGAGCAGAGAGAGUGGUGAUUCACGAUGAAGCCCUUCCUAAACAAGAAGAAAGUGUUACUGUUGGAGAAGGAAUGGAAGAAGACAGUGAGAAUGAAGAAGCAGGGUCUAAAAUAUUGGUCAAAAUAUAA